UCGCUUUUCGGGACAACAGAAGGAUGGAAGACACAAUAAUGAGACAAGGGUAACCGUUUCUCAGCAUUCUGACCCAUUCUUCCCUCUCGCGGCUCAGCCUCCCUCACCCGGAAGUGCUGGUCCCGGUACUGGCUCAGCUCCACGUAGGAGUCGCUGCGCAGCGCCUUCAGAAGUCCGCUGGACAUAGUGCAAACAGGUGAAUGAGGACGCUGCAACAACAGGAGCGCGAUAGCGGAGCCGCAGUCGGCACCGGAAAUGCGUAAGGCAGAUGCAGAAAGCGGAAAUUCUAGGGUCCAAUCUAAGCGCGUCAGUGUCGUAAUCCAGUGGCGUGGAUGCAGACGCUGUCCGUCGUCGGGAGUCGCCGAUUAGAAGGUGAGAGCGGUGUGUUCCUGGUUCCGGGGCCCUCCGGGUAGGAUGGUUCUUCGGCGGCUGCUGGUCUCCCUGCUGAACAGCGCGCAGCUGGUGGAGCGUCUGUCCGAGUCGCGGCCCAUCCGGCGUGCGGCUCAACUCACAGCUUUCGCACUGUUGCAGGCCCAGCUGCACGGCCAGGACGCUGUCUGCCGCCUCCGGCGCCUCACGGCUGGGCCCGCGAAAUCUCUGGGCCGCCGCGCUGCCCGCUUCAGAGACACCUUCACCCAGGAGCUGCGCCGCGGCCUUCGGGACCGCCCGGGGUCACCGCCAGAUGUCCCACUCAUAGGAAAGCCGAGACCAAACCGACAACACCGUUGAAGCCCUUUGAUCGGACAGGGUCCAGUGUGGAGAAAGACCCCGAAGCCUGACGGGUGAAGAUAGGCCGGACCCUGAUACACGAUUUACAGAGAGCCACAGCCGGAAAGAGGUCCUGGUCUCUGCGAAUGGGACCGAAACUUUUGAUAGAUGCUGCUACCUCUGCACUGGAGCCGCCGGGCACUUCUUUCAAGGAAGAUUAUCGAUGGAAAGAGCCCUGCAGCUGCCAAAAUACUCUGAUUAAAUAUGUGAGCUGAUUAA